GGUCCUUUUUAAGCCAAACGAGUGUAGUGCCGUUCGAUCUAAAUUUAGCUAGCUUCAAAUCGCACCGGCUUAAUAAUCUCACCCGGCGCCGGUUUGGAUUCCUAUAAACAUUUACACUAGAUGUGCGCUGGAGCGAGAUGAAGAGACAUCGCCCGAAGUUGCUGCAAUCUGUAAAGUGUUUUUAGCCUAAACGACAGCUAGGUGAAACGGUGGACAUUACAAGAUUAAACGUGCGCGCCGGUGCCGGAUUAUGGCGACGUGUGCCCUCCACUUCGAAUAAAUCGCAUUACUUCACCGCUGGGGCUAAUUGAUGCAUCCGACAGUAUGUCGAAGCGUUUUGGAUCGCUUGGUAAUUUUCGUUGCUGUUCGUCACAGAGCAUCUAUUUUACAAAGACAGUCUCCUCGUGGGACUUGUUCAAAAGUAGUCGCGUUUCCCAAGAGAUCGAAUUGGCACGGCUUUACAUUCACCCUUGACCCCUUCGUCUGCGAAUUCGACUCAUCCAAACCUAAUGUGGCUUUAAAUAAUACCCCACCUCCCAUGCGCGGACAUUUAAUUACUGAAUUAGCAUUCUGAUGUCAUCAGCCCACGACACGCCGGUUCAUAAAGCUCGUUUCCGACCGCAAUGUCAGUUAUAGACUCGCUUCAUUAUCUUGCUUUAAUGUUCAGACUACAGAUCAAUAACGUAAAACCUCGACUCCUAAUUUUCAAUACGGAAAUACUAACCCAUUCUUUGUAUAUCGGCAUUUUAAGUAUUCAGCCGUCAAAAGUCCGAAAUCCGUACGUAAGCCGACAAUAACACACUGUCAGUCUUUUCUAUACUUAGCACUAUUAUUAAGCGAUCAUCAACCGGUCGUAGGCGUUUAGCCAAGAUUUUUAACACCAUGAUUUGCAAAUUGGCAUUCUUCGUCUAAGAUAGGAUUUAACAUUAUCGAUAUUUUCUGCAAAUUCCCGGUUGAAAGACAAAAAUAAUUUCGCCCUUUGAGAAACUUCCACGAAUUGUUGGUUUAGGAUUAAGUUGGAAAUAUUUGUUGUUCAGUGUCAAACCGGAUGAAAGCGAUUUGCUCUAGAAGUCGAACAUAAUAACACGAUAAAUGCUGCUUUUAAAGCUGCUUACGAUUAUCGCACGUUCUUCCGGAAUUCCAAUUACAAAUUUAGAAGCUUUCUCACAACCGUACAUUGUAUACUGCGUGCGCUGUUUUCUGUUAAUUCGGUUGAAGAUGUUGCAUCGACGGCGACCUGGAGUCGGAUUAGCGGGACCGCAUGGCUCCUAAUCCCGCCACCGAUGUAUAAAUAGUUCGGUGUGUGUAAAUUGCAUAUAUCAUAAAUUAACCCGUCGGCGGCAUCCUGUUACCGUACAGUAAUCCGUGGUGCGUUGCAAGUAGGAGAAGGGAUUACAAAUUCUCGCCCAAACAAAAAUAAAUAGAAUCCAUUCUCGGGCCGCCCAAUAAUCGAUGAUGAUUGAACGGCUAAAAUUCGACGACGUUCCGGAAAUAUGCCCCUAUUAUACCAUACACAUAUAAAACUUAUCGUUGAAGUAAUUAUGAAACACUUUUUUUGUAAAAAAUGUCAAGUGAAAAUAUGUCAGUAUGAACCCAAGGUGAGGCUGUAGCAGCCAUGCCAGUCAGUCAUUUGGGAGACUGCGGGCAGCAGCGGAACAAAUGAGCGGUCUCGCCUGGUUUACGGCGUACCUAUAUCCUCACGACCUUUUCGUUUCCCCCAGCAGACGUUCCAGUUCGCGUAUAUAGUUUAAACUGCUAGAAUGUUAUUCUGAGUAGCGAGUCUUGUCUGAAUAUAUUUUGUGUUGAUGAAACGAUUUGUCACAAGCAACAAAUGCAAAGCAUGAAAGUUGAGAUUACCCCGACUAUGAGAGAACGGAAAGGAAUGAAGAGCUACACGGACACGGAGUCAUCAGACAUGAAAGACUUCCUUUUCCUCGGGGGCAGUUCGUACGCCUGUAGAUUGUACGAGGUCCAGCGAGUAAAGGCGAAGGCCUCUCGUUGCCGAACCAUUUCGUACUUUUCCUCCCCCAAAAGGCGAGGUAUCUCAUCCACCGACACCCACCGUUCAUCCGUUCGCUACGAACCUGUUAUCGGGGACCAUUCCUGCACGCCCCCGUCUCCUGGUCGCCAUAGCAACCGCCGUAAGCUGCUCGGCAACCGUUCCACUUCCUCACGCAACGAAUCCGAGAGUGACGUCGACGAGAUCGACGAUGACGUAAUGGAUAUGGAUGACGUCACAAUGCGUGGGGAGGAACGCCCGCUAAACUCACGUAGGAGAUUGUCAUCUCCAGUAGUCGACCACCGGACACCGGUAGCACAGUAUGGCCAAAGAAGGGGCUCAUCUUACAUGGCCAGGACUAAUUCCGGAAGUAUAUCAGGUCCAAACUCCACCCAACAAAACGACCCGAGAAUGUACUCGGGUAUUCCCCGAAUGGGCACCGGAGUCGUCACUGGUCAGAUGACGUCACAGAGUAACCAUCAUCUAGCGUCGUCCAACUUACACAAUCACCAACAGAGCCCUGCAUCAGUGAUGACCUCCCGAGUUUCAGCUACCCUUCCUUUAGAAUCAGAACAAUACAAUCCAGUAGUCACCACCACAUUAAAACCCACAUAUGAAGUAGACGAGACUGGUCUGUGGAGUUUUAGCAGGGGAAAUGAAGCUGGGAGGGCAACAUUCGGAGGGUAUACACCAGGAAUCCCAUCUUCCCUUCCCCCGCAUACCUCUGCGGUUACUACUUCAGGGCCAGGGAGUGGAACUACGGCCCGUUUUAUGAACAAGCGUUCAUCGUUUGGUGGUCGGUAUGACCAACACAUCCACAGACGAGAAUCGAGGCAGUACGAUGGAACAUUCGAGAAGCUACGAGGGGGUUGUUGGGGAAAGGCGACGUGGAAAUGUGCAGCGCUCACGCUCGCCGUUGUGUCAGCCCUCCUUCUGGCACUGGCGGCGUUCUUUUUAGUACGUUCGAUGAGUCCAACUGAAGUAAUAGAAUUACCUGGCUCUGCUCAAUGUGUUACUGGACAUCCAACCACUGUUGUUGAUAAGAAACCGAAAGAUCAAGGAACGCCCAUGGAGUUACAAAUGAGCAGACCGUCUUCCAUAGUCGUUCCGCCAUCAUCUUUCUCAUGGAUGCAAGUUUACGUGGAAGAGCCGACACACAUGAAGUUUAACUGCUCUGUGUCGCCACAGGCGGAAAUGGCAGUGUAUGGAAGAAAAGGACUCCGACCAACUCACACAAAGUUCGACUUCUUUGAGAAGAUAGAUGGUGGUUCAUUGCCUUCAACCCGAGCUCUUACGUCACACACGUCCAUUAUGACGUUGUCCACCACCUCAAGCCGUAAAAGAUCACGUCGAAGCGUGAACAGCGAAUCCAGGAAAGUGAACCUGGGUUUCGUUAAGUUUCUGGACGCUGGUACUUGGCACGUGGCUGUUUACAACGACGCUGAAAGCGAAGCUCCUUUCGAAAUCUUAACCACUGUAUCUAAAGGAUUAUCUGACUGUCCGAAGAAGUGCAGCAACAAUGGCGACUGUGUGAGUGGAGUAUGCGCCUGCUUUCCUGGCUACCAAGGCAGCGAUUGUUCACAAGCAUCCUGCUCUGUAACUUGCCGAGGAAACGGUGUCUACGCUCAUGGAAAAUGUGUCUGUUUUUCGGGGUGGAAGGGUGUAGACUGUGCGACACCAAGCGACCAAUGUGUACAUCCCGAGUGCAGCAACCAUGGCUCGUGUGAUGGUGGUGAAUGUGUGUGCGAACGAGGGUACAAAGGGGAGGCAUGUGAACAGAUUGAUUGCUUCGAUCCCUCUUGUUCUGGUCACGGGGUGUGCGUUACUGGCGUUUGUCGUUGCGACCGCGGUUGGUCCGGUAGCAUUUGCACGGAGAGAGAUUCGACAUGCUUUACUAACUGUGCUGGUCACGGGACCUAUGACGUGACGGCCGAGAUUUGCAUCUGUGAUGCUGGCUGGGGAGGCAACGACUGUGUCCUCGAUCUAAAUGCACCACUCAUUCCUACCACCCCAUCCACAGCACAAUGUAGGCCCGCCUGCCAACCUGGGCAUGGCGCAUGCGUCAACGGAGUAUGUAGAUGCGAGGAGGGAUGGACGGGCGACGCCUGCCAUGUACGUCAGUGUGAUCCUCGAUGCGAAGAGCACGGUUCUUGCUCUGAAGGUGUUUGCAUUUGUGAUGUUGGUUGGAACGGUGACAUCUGCACUUUCCCCGGAUGUCCAAAUGAUUGCUCCGGGAACGGUAAUUGUGUCCGGGAUGGAGACGGAGGAUGGUACUGCUCAUGUGAUAACAGGUGGAAGUCGGAUGCAUGUGAUGUCCAGGUAGAGCUCCACUGCUCCAACAUGAGGGAUGACGACCUUGAUACUCUACGAGAUUGUCAAGAUCCGGACUGUUGUUCCCACCCAUCUUGUACUCGAAGUUCUCAAUGCAGAGGAGGACUUGAUCCGAGCACUGAAGUGGCUCGCAUCCGGAGCAGCAAUCCCCUUCCCACGACUGCAUCCUUCCACCAAAGAACUUUUUUCUUAGUAAACCGUAAUGGGGUCCAGAUUAACGCCGACGGAUCGAGAUUUGAUCCAAAGCGCACAAGUGUUAUACGUGGAAAAGUGAUCACUGCCGAUGGUUCACCUCUGAUCGGUGUACAAGUGAAGGUCGAACACAACCUCUUUUACGGAAUUACUAAAACCAGAGCAAAUGGAUGGUAUGACAUUCUUGUCAACGGUGGUGGCUCUUUGACUCUCAACUUCCAGCGUACCUCGUUUGUCCCCUCUAGCGCCACCGUGUUCGUUCCUUGGAACGACUUUGUUGUCAUGCCAACCGUUACAAUGCGGACUCCAAGCCAACCUUCAAGCAGUGACAUAACAAGCGGCAAUUGUGACGUCAGUAAGCUACCGGAACCCGACGCGGCGGUGCUGGUGAGCUCAGUUCGCGCCUACAGUGCAGCUGAGUGCUCGGAACGCGGAUCCGUCAUCCCAGAGAUCCAGGCGAUCCGUGAAUCUGUUCCUUUACCGGGCACUGACACCUCACUUGUCUAUUUGAGUUCAAGGGCAAUGGGCUACCAGUCUCUCCUUGUAAUUUCGCUUGUCAACAAAGAAAAGCCAGCCAACCUGGUCCUCGUUCAUCUCCGCAUCGUUAUCCAGGGUGUGGAGUUCAGUAAGAAGUUCGAACCUCGAUCCGAACUUACGUACACUUAUGAGUGGUCGCGUGAAGACGCUUACGGACAACCUGUCUAUGGAAGUAUUGCAGCAAAAGUUUAUGUUGGCUACGUCUACGAUUCCUGCAACCAAGUCGUUUGGAAGUUAUUUGAGACCACCGUCGAAGGUCGAAACCCUGUAUCAGAUGGUUCAAUUGGACUCUGGUCUCUUGCUAUUCACCACACGUAUCACCCAUCGAAAGGAGUUGUUUAUCUUGGUAAUGGGGGUUUAAUGCGCUUAAGUGACCAGCCCCCUAUUAUGGCCACUGUGAUGGGAAACGGGAACCCACGGCACUCGUCUUGUGACGGUUGCAAUGGACCCGCCGAAAACAACCCACUAAGAUCACCGGUGGCAUUGACCAGUGACGCAAUGGGAAAUGUUUACGUUGGUGAUCAUGAUUACAUACGUAAGAUUGACGUCAGAGGGCAAGUUACAAAUUUAUUCUCUACCCGAGAUGCACCAGCAAAGUACUACAUGGCAAUCGACCCAACGCAGGGUGGUUUGUUGUAUUUCUCCAACCCAAACGAAAAAAGGAUCUAUCGCCUACGUCAGAUGACUUUGACAUCCAGUCGAUCACCUCGUGACCUCACAUCGAACUACGAAGUUGUGGCAGGUUCGGGAAGAACUUGCUAUCCGCUACAAGAAGACGACUGUGGCGAUUUUGGGUUAGCAUCAGAAGCAACUUUGUCUGCACCUAAAGGCCUCACAUUUGACAAAGACGGUGUACUUUACUUCAUUGAUGGCAACAGGAUCCGUAAUAUCCACCCACGAUCUUCUGUCAUUCAAACCUUCGCUGGCAGUAUCCUUGUAUCCGGAACAAGACCAUUGCAAUGCCAAGGCAGCAUGAGCUUAGACCAGCUGGAACUAACUUUCCCGACUGACAUCGCUGCGAGUCACGUGGAUGGGAAUUUGUAUGUCCUGGAUGGUGACGUCAUUAUUCGGAUUGACGUCAUCAACAGACAGGCCUCUCUAGCUGCUGGAAUUCCCCUCCAUUGUAUGAGAAGUGUUGCGAGAAAACCAGAUAACCGUGAUGCUCGUAAAGUGAGUUUGAUCUCUCCUACUUCAAUCACUGUUUCACCACUGGAUGGUGCUAUCUACAUAUCGGAAACUGACCGCAAGUUUGUGCACAGAGUUAGAAGGAUCGACCCCUCAACCGGUCGGAUCUCUUCUGUGGCGGGCGUCGAUUCAGAUUGCGAUUGUGCAUUGCAACAAUGCCUCUGCUUCUUGGGUGAUGGGGAUUUCGCGAGAAGCGCUGCUCUGCAUGAUCCUGCUGCUGUGACUGCGACCCCUGACGGCUCUGUAUAUAUCGCAGAUCAACUUAACUUGAGAAUUAGAAAGAUCCAUCGUUCCCUGCCUUCUCUUUCAAGAAAUAACGAGUACAAUGUAUCCGACCCUGACACCAACCAUCUUUAUGUGUUUGACCAAAACGGGAGACACAUUAGAACACGCAACGUUAUAACCGGUGCUCAGCUUUAUUCAUACGCUUACUCCACCGAUGGAGGACUCAGACAAGUUACAGACUCGAACGGAAACCAUGUACGAAUUGAAUAUGCUUCCAACGGGAAACCAGUUCAGAUGUCACUGCCAAAUCGUAAGACACUAUCAUUGACAACUGGCCUUGAUGGCACACUUACCAGGAUAUCCCGAGGAACAGAAACACCACUCGCUUCGUUCACUUACCAGGGAGAUGGAAACGGUUUGAUUCGUUCCAGCGUCACCGGACGUUAUUCCUCGAGUUUCUAUGCCUACGACAUUCAUGGUCGACUGAUCACAGCAACAUCAUCAACUGGUGCCAUGACCUCACUCCACGCAAUUUCAAACGCCACUCGUCAGACUGUCACCAUGAAGAGAGCAGCUCCCUCCAGCGGUGGAGAGUCUUCGCUGAUCGGCGUCGGAAGACGUGAUGUUGUCAUAACAACCGAACCUGGGUAUCUUUGCGACAUCAUAACAACAACGGAAGGUGCAAUGACAACUACUUACGAACGAUGGACAGACAACUCGAUAUCGGUUCGUUAUUUGGAUGAUUCUGAGCUCACGUUGGAAACGAAGCCACACCCAGUUCUUGGGCUGACAGCUCCCUUCCUUGCUAAACGAACCAUCCAACUUCCUGCUGAUCCACUCGAGAAUAAAAUUGAAUGGAGCACUCGGAAAGAACGUGAAAAUGGCCAGUCAUCAAAUAAGUUUUUACUUGGAAGAAGAAUGCUUGUUAACGGACGUAACAUCUUGUCCCUGGAUUACUCGCAAGCAAUGAAGAUGGAUCGAAUCUAUGACGAUCACACCAAGUUCAUGCUUAGGAUACAAUAUGACAGUCGUGGAUUACCAACACUCUGGAUGCCAAGCAAAGGAAUCACUCCGGUUAAUGUAACAUACGACCAAAGCGGACAUGCAGUGACGUGGCAGAGAGGACCCCAGAACGAGAACUUGCGGUAUGACGUAUAUGGCAACCUGCAGAGCGCACAGAGAGGGGACGGUCAGCUUUGGAGAUAUACAUACGGAAACAAGAUCUCCCAUCUUAGUCUAUCCAGUCCACCAGCUCAAUACACGUUCACAUAUGAUGAUAACCAAUCUUUACAACGUGUUACUUUACCAUCCGGUCUUUCCUUCGCAGUUGACAGGAGACUUGGCAUUGGCUUCAUCCGUCACACCUUUCUAGGUUCUACAGGAAAGACAUCUCUCAUAAUAGAUAGGAAUGACAAAGGGGAAAUUCUUUCAUUGUACUAUCCUGGCGAAAAACGCAAAGUCAUCUACCGAUAUGACGCACACGGUCACAUGACCGAAGUUUUACAUGACUCUGCGCGAACUCGAAUGCUUCGAGAUCCGCAAUCCGGUGAGCUUGUCUCUGUAGCUACAGAUGACUGCACAAUGCGUUUCCAUAGAAACGGACCGCUAGUACAACGUCACACAGUUACGUCAUCAAAAGACCUCGGCAUGUUGGCUGUUUUUGACUACACACAUGAUGUAAACUUGCGUCUGCAAAGCAUUCACGUCAAAAUAAACAGCACUGAACUGCCGCUGGAGGAGCUGACGUACAAUGACGUUUCAGGCAAACUCACAACAUUUGGUCGAUUCACCGUCAUCGAUCUUUCUUCCAACCUCUACACUGUGAGCUCACAAGAGGCCACUCUUACAAAACAAUCAGACAGCAGCGGGAGAAUCGUGCAGGCGGAGAUGGAAGUUUACAGUGCCAUCGUAUUCAGCACUUUGCUUCGUUACGAACCGUCCGGCCGUAUCAGCAGUGAAGAAUAUAAGAUCGGCAUCUUCUCCAACAAAACAUCGACCGUGUACUCUUACAAUCAACAUGGCGGAAUCAGAACCGCCGCAAAAGACGGCAGAGUGACGUGGAGAUAUUCCUAUGAUUCCGAUGGCAGGCUAUCUCAAAUAGAGAACGAUGGCGUGCGGACAAGCUUGCGAUAUAACAGACUUGGAAGGCUGACAUCUUGCGGUGAAAUCCAGUACGAGUUCGAUGCGGAUGGCUUCCUCCGAGAACGUGGUAACGAGGUCUUUGAAUAUGACUCACUCGGCAACUUGAGGAAGGCUUAUCGCUUGGAUGGGCCUGGUCAAUAUGAGAUCAAGUACGGUUAUGAUGGAUUCGGUCGCCUGGCAACCAGAGUCGACGUAUUGCGUCAUGAGGUGCUACGUUAUCUCUAUGCUGACGUCACCCGCUCGUCACGCCUCACUCACGUGUACAACGCAACUUCCGGUCUCGUGACUUCGUUCCGCUACGAUGAGGAAGGUCACGUGUUUGCCAUGGAGCGAAGCGAUGGUCUGAUGUGGCUCAUCGUGAGCGACCACCAGGGUACUCCGCUUGCGGUGCUAGACAGUACGGGAUCUACUGUGAAACGAAUCAAGUACACACCAUUCGGUCAAGUUAUCUUUGACUCGUUACCUUCGAUUCGUCUUGUGAUCGGAUUCAAAGGUGGUAUAUAUGACGUCACAACUGGUCUGGUCAGAUUUCCUGAUCGUGACGUAAUCGAUCCGCGUCUCACCAUUGGCAUCAACACGGGCACCUCCACCAAUAGGAAGCGUUCGACAGAAGAGAGCUCAGGAAAAAUUCACCACGGGGUUGAAUACGACGCAUUGAUUGGCCAGUUUACAUCUUCAGGACUUGAAGGGUUGGCAGACAAACGAGCCAGCGGAGUACCGUUCUUAGAAUACCAAGUCACUGACCCCGUUAACCAAAUCCCAGUGUACAACCACAUGACAGACACGCAAAGCUGGUUGAGUUCACUUGGGUUCAAGUUGAACAACGUUGCUCCAGACCCGCAAAUCGCAUCCAGACAAAAGGAUAAAUCGAGCGCGGAAUGCCAAUUAACUCACCAUCUUUCAACGUACAUGAAUCUUCAGACUUCCACUCCAUCGGUUCUUAUACCAACAAGGCACACAUCACAAGAAGUGUCCAGCGGAACACUUUUUGUCCAAGGCCUUGUUAUGGUGGUAGACAGAGGAACCAUCACCACCCAAGUCAUCAACGAUGCUACUGAUGACGUUAAGCGCAUGAGUGGCAUUCUAAACGGAGCUAACGUCGUGAUCGGAAAGUCCGCUGAUUCUGCCUCUGCUGCUAUGAGCCUAACGCUGGAAGGCAAACCGUCUGUUUAUUUAAGCAAACCCUCGGACGCGUUCGAUAAAGACAGGCAGAUUCUACGCAUAUCUGCUGGGAACGAUCGCGUUCUGGACGGUGGUCGGGAUGACGAUGGUUCCGGAACUGUUGCCUCUUCCAGAAGAACAAAGCGACCAAUCGCGGUGUCUCUACAAGAGAAACGCAUACGCUUUGAGUCGGGACACGCUGUAGUUGUUCUUACCUAUGUCGACGAUGACCCUGCAUCCGACUUCCCAAGCCCGAUAGAAGAGAAAGAGCAGGUCCUACGCGAAGCUCAAAGAAGAGCGGAAAAUGAAGCCUGGGAAUUCGAGAGACAAAAAAUACAAUCCGGCAUUCGGACCCGCUGGACUGAAGCGGAAAAGCAGGAAAUUCGGUCUCGCCACCGUUUAUCAUCUUACCAGUUACGGCCAACUUGGGAUCCGGAACGUUAUCCAGAGCUAGCAGACUCUGGUAGAAACAUGCGCUUUGUUAAAGUGAGCUGAUAAUCAUGCAUCUAAUUCGUGCCUGACUAAGAAAUCUAUAAAUUAUUACGAUUCCUGUUGUCCUAGCGACCGCUUCACUGUGGGCAUGGCGAGGGCCAUGACUCUAGUAAUUUAUGCACGCUGCGAAAGCCCGUACUUCGACCGUAGGAUCCUGUCGUGCCAUACGAAUCCUCGAUUUUCUAUUUUUGCCACUGUGACUUGUUCUGACGCUCGCUAGAUGCGAGAUAGGCGCUCAUUAUAUAACCUUCAUUUGAUUUUGCAUCGCCCUAUAUAUUGCUGAGUUGGCAAAAAUCGCUUUCAGUUUGCUCGUUUUUUUUGGAACAUUUGUUUGCCAAAUGCUCCCGCUUGUUCCUGCUCGGAUAAUCAUGAUUUUCAAUUUUCGAUUUUUUUUGUUCGGACAUAACAUACGUUUGUUCACUGGCUCUGCAGAGUGCACUUGCCACUACGUUCACCUUUAUUAAAAAUAUAAACAAACAAACUGG